AUGACCCAACUUGGUUCACCUACAGACGCAAGUCACAACCACCAUCGCGACACCGGCGCCACCUCCCCCCCAGAUCCGUUCGCCAGCCUGCUGGACUGUUGGAAGACGUUCAUCCUGCCCGAGGUCGCCUCUGCCCGACCUGCCUCCCCUCUUGCCUGCCUCCCACCGCCGCCACCGUGCAGUGAGUGCAUGGACGGCUCUGCAGCCACCGGAGCCGGCGCCGCAAGCUCGGCAGCCCAGGCCCAAGCUCUCCACGGCCAUGGACAACAUGGCAACGGGGGUCCCGCCUCCUCCAUGAGCCCGACCAGCCCCGUCUCUGCCCGGAGCCAUGGCCUGUCCCACGCCUCUGGCAUCGGUGCCAAUGGCGCUGCAAAGCGCAAGAGGAGCUCCGUGGGCAUGAUUGGCAGCAGCCCCGGAAGUGCUGACGGAGACGAUGACCUCGCUGGAGACCACCACGAGAAGAAGAGACAGCCCGGCGUCAAGAGGGCUUGCAAUGAAUGUCGCCAACAGAAGCUGCGAUGCGAUGUUGUCCAAGACCCCUUCACGAGCUGCUCCAGAUGCGUCCGUCUGAAACUCGACUGCAAGAUCGAAUCCAACUUCAAGCGUGUCGGCAAGCGCAGUAAGCAUGCCGAGAUGGAAAAGGAAAUAGAGAAACUGCGUCGCAAUGUCGCGAAGGCAAGGUCGCAAGGUUAUAUUCCAGACGAGGACGACCCCAUGGAGUCCCAGCUUCAGUCUCCCGUUGUCGCCAGCGUCUAUUCCCACACCAGGCAUCCUUCACUCAUGGGUUCGGACGAGGCUGUCUCGUCUCUGUUGCAUCUCAAGCGCGGCGGCUCCUACAAUGUGCCUCGCAUAUGUCGGGAACUCGACGAAGUCCGCUUGACUGAGGAAGCCGAGUCUCAGCUGUUCACCGAAUACUUCGCCCACUACGACCAAUUUCUCCCCUUCCUCAACCCAGCUCAGUCUCCCGACCAGUACUACGCCCAGCACCCAUUGCUUUACUGGGUCAUAAUCUCAGUUGCCGCGCGUCGAUACCACCCCGACCCGUCUCUACUCGGGAAUCUCUCCGGUCCUUUGACGAAUCUGCUAUGGCAGACGAUUGGGGAUGUCCCUAGUAGCCACCAUGUCGUCAAAGCGCUAUGUCUUUUGUGCACAUGGCCGCUUCCAACGAGCACCUCCUCCUCAGACCCAACGCAGAUUCUGUGCGGUGUCAUGAUGAAGGUUGCCACACUCAUUGGCCUCCACAGACCUCAUCACAUCAACGACUUUUCGCGUGUCAUCAUAGACCUGGACAACGAACAGCUGCAUGACCGUGUGAUGACAUGGGCUGUCACCAACAUCGUUGCUCAGUCCAUUGGAACGGGCUACGGUCAACCUGCAUCGAGUCUGUAUGACUGGACGCUAGCCAUCAGGCCUGGUGAAUCUGGCCCAUUUCAACUGUCCCCAGACCUAGAGGCUCGUUUACAAAUCGAACGCUUCUGUGACAAGGUCUCCAAGGAGAUGUACAGCAAUGCCAGUGAUCCGCGAGGCGUCGCUGGUGACGAGCACAGAGCCAUGUUGAUGCGUGUGUACCGUCGCGAAUUCGGGGAGCUGCAGGCCUCGAUUCUAUCUCGCAACUUGUCGCGGGUUGUGAACCUUCACCUUAGAGCCGCCGGUCUCCACCUUCGAUUGGCUGGCUUCUUCGAUUCUCACAACACACCUGGGUACAUGGAUGAUCUCAUGGGACUCUGGAGGGCAAGCUGCAGUUUCCUGGACUAUGCCCUGGACAGCAAACCAACCUCCCCACUUGAUCAUCAUGGCGAAAGCGAGCUGCUACGGUACGCCACGAAUUACAUUCAGCAGAUGCUGGUCGCCGCGGGAUUCGCCCUGCUGAAGCUACUCCGGUCCUUUUUUGCCAAAUCUGUAGACUAUGAACGCGGCCGCAUACUGUUCCACCGAACAAUCACAGCCAUUCGAUCAACCAGCGUUGUUCAGAACGACCUCAACUGGCGGCUGGCCGAGCUCAUGGUCCAGAUCUGGAACGGAGCCCGCGCUGAGAAGCGAAGCAAAUCCUACCACGAUGAGGACUCGGUGCAUGAGAUUGACGACAGUUUGCAGCUGCAAGUGCGCUGCAGGCACAGCAUGAGUCUUGUCUAUGACUCAAUAUGGCACUGGAGGGAAGAAUACCAAGCUCGUGGCCGAGGAAAUCUCGACUAUUCCGCAGAGCACUCUUCGGCAUCAUCCACGCAUCUAGACCCCCCCUUGAGUACAGCACAUGGGCUGCCAGCGAGUCUCCUGGCGGCUUCCAACGGGGCUCUGACACCUAGUGGUGGCUCUGGCUUCGGUAGUGGCCAGGGCGGCCUCGGUGGUUCGAAUUAUGAGCCGACGAACUACGACUUCUUCGAUCCGCAGCACUGGAUGCUAGACGGACUCAUGGACUUCAACUAUUCCUUCGUUCCGGAAAUGGGCGCUUAG